CCCCCCUCCAUCUCCCGGGUCGGGCGGUGCGCGCGCGCGGCCGGCGGCGCCUCCUCAGAGCGGCCGCGGCGGGUUCGGCACUGACGGGGCCGACGGGCCGGGACCGGCGGAGCGGCCGGAGCAGGCGGCGCCUCUUCCUCCCUCCUCCUUCUCCUCCUCCUCCUCUCUCCUCCCUCCCGCAUCCUCCUCCUCGCCCCCCUCCUCGCCCGCCUCCGCCCCCCCGCGCGCAGGCACCGCGGUUCCCGGCACGGACAACAUGGCGGCGGUGUCGGGGGCAGGGGCUGCGGGCGGCUCCGCCAGCGCCGGCGGCCCGGAGAUGGUGCGGGGACAAGUGUUCGACGUGGGCCCGCGCUACACCAACCUCUCCUACAUCGGCGAGGGGGCCUACGGCAUGGUGUGUUCUGCUUAUGAUAACGUCAACAAAGUUCGAGUUGCUAUAAAGAAAAUCAGUCCUUUUGAGCAUCAGACAUACUGCCAGAGAACUUUGAGAGAGAUCAAGAUCCUACUGCGCUUCAGGCAUGAGAAUAUUAUUGGAAUAAAUGACAUUAUCAGAGCUCCAACUAUUGAACAGAUGAAAGAUGUAUACAUUGUGCAAGAUCUUAUGGAGACAGAUCUUUACAAGCUCUUAAAGACUCAACACCUCAGCAACGACCACAUUUGUUACUUCCUUUACCAGAUUCUGAGAGGGUUAAAAUAUAUCCAUUCAGCCAAUGUUCUUCACCGUGACCUCAAACCUUCAAAUCUGCUGCUUAACACCACAUGUGAUCUCAAGAUUUGUGACUUUGGAUUGGCUCGCGUUGCAGAUCCCGAUCAUGAUCACACAGGAUUCCUGACAGAGUACGUGGCCACACGUUGGUACAGGGCUCCUGAAAUCAUGCUGAAUUCUAAGGGUUACACCAAGUCUAUUGACAUCUGGUCAGUGGGCUGCAUUCUGGCAGAGAUGCUCUCCAACAGACCCAUCUUCCCAGGAAAACACUACCUUGACCAACUUAACCAUAUCCUUGGUAUACUUGGAUCGCCUUCCCAAGAAGAUUUGAAUUGUAUAAUAAAUUUAAAGGCCAGAAACUACUUGCUUUCCCUACCACACAAAAAUAAGGUACCAUGGAACAGGCUGUUUCCAAAUGCUGACCCCAAAGCACUUGAUUUGUUGGAUAAAAUGUUGACCUUUAAUCCUCAUAAGCGAAUUGAAGUGGAGCAAGCUUUAGCCCAUCCGUAUCUGGAGCAGUAUUAUGAUCCAAGUGAUGAGCCUGUAGCUGAAGCACCCUUCAAGUUUGAUAUGGAGUUGGAUGACUUGCCGAAGGAAAAGCUGAAAGAAUUGAUUUUUGAGGAAACUGCGAGAUUCCAGCCAGGAUACCGAUCUUAAAUCGUGCAUAGGACAAGGACUUAAAGGACUGGGCAUGCUCAAACGUUGCUGUUCCUCUUCCCAGUUCUUUAUUGUUGGUCAUGUCUUGUGGCCUCUCUCAGCUUAUCCACUAACUCCUUUGAGCCAUUCAGGAGGGCGGUUCCUGGUAGUUUUGGCUUUUCAUGCUUUCAAUGAAUCUUUUAAGCCUGAAGAAUUGUAAUUGACACUCCUAUGCGUAAUGCCCAUUGUUGACCUGUUGCAGUACUGUACUGUAUGUGCACCUACUGCUGCCCGUGUUUUAACUGCUUGCUUUCUGGUUUGAAAGAUGCAGUGGUUCCUUUCACUCCUGGAUCAGUAUCCAAGAAGAUAAUUCAUUAACCUGUAAGACGUUUACACCAUGAACUAUGCUUUUCUGACUUUACUGAAGUCGCUGGCAUUUUUUUUUAGAAAAGCUACUAUUCAGGGCACUUUAAGUCAGUGACAUCCCAGAUUUUUUUUGCACGUCCUUUUUAAAUAGAAAUGGUUGGUUAGCAUCCAGCAGAGUGUACCAUUAUGCUAUGGAUUGCAGCGUAAGUUGUGUUCAUGUUACUCUUGCUUAUGCACUUCUUUGGGUGUCCUGUGCUGUACAUAUAGGUAUUCUAUCCAGUGUAAGAGCCACAUAGGAGCCCAACUUUAAUGAAUUAAUCUAAGAAACAUUUUUCCAUGUAUUGAUGAAAUUUGUAUCUUUUUCUCCCUGCUUUUUCUAAGAGAGAUCAUUUAAAGUUUACCCUUUUGGAGGCAUAGUACUCCCAAAGUUCCUACCAUGCAGUAGUGUUUGUACAGCCUGUGCAAAGGCAAGUGGCAGCUGCAGCUGUUCUUUGCUCCCUGGGUGCUGGAAGGGUUAACACAGACCACGAUGGCACCAUGACCCCAUGGCCAGCGCUUUUCCUGGGCAAGGCAGCCAUAUCUGGUGGCAAGCAAGAAACCAAAAUGUGAUGUUAAUUAACUCAGUCUACAUCCUGCAUACCAAUGAAAUGCUUCAAAUGAGGAUUGAUAGUUUUGACAUUUGAAUCUAAUCACUGACAUUCAGAUUCUUGCAGAGAGGAACACUGCAUCUUCAAAUGAGAAAGUUUGAUUUUACUUUUGCUCCUACAGCAUGUCAGCAUCUCAAGUUCAUUUCUUGCAACCUACACUAUGGUGAUUUGUAAUCAAGCCUCCAUGAGCUCGUGACAUGAAGUACUGUUCUGUUGUCAAGUACUAUCAAACUUUUCUGAUAAUGCUGAGUUAGGACAACCAAACAAAGCUAGCACUAAAUACCGUUUAAAAUUGUAUACCUUUUAAUGAUCUUUUCAAGUAUUUGUUACUGAAAUUGUAUAAUGUGGAGUUUACUAGGUGUUAUGUUCCAGUGCAGUGCCUCCUUUUCUUUCCCCACUGCUCUCUGUGGUGAGAAAUUUGCCUUGUUUAAAAUAAUUACUGUGCCCUCGCAUGACUGUUAAAGCUUUCUGUGCAAAGAUGAUUGUCUAAGUGCCACAUGCCUAUGAGAAAAAAAAAUAAUCUAUUGUUACCUCUGAGUUGUGUUCAACUGAAAUGCUAUUCAACAAAUAACUUAGGAAAAAUAGUUCUAUUUUUAGCUUUUCAUAUCUCUGCUGUCUUUUUCUCAUUUUAUUUUGGCAGCAGUGAAGAAUGGAUUGUAUAAAGACUGCUUGCUAAUAUGAACAAAAUGCACUUGUAAUUCCUGGAAAUAAAUUUAAAUCUUAUAUCUUCACAUUAACAUUAAGAUUUAGUUUUUGGUUUCCUCUUGGGUAAUGUCUUUGAAUGGAAAUCAGGUUCAAUUGCUACUGUAGUACAUAAGGAUGCUGGCAGGUUAAUAACUCCAAACUUUCUCAUACCAUUUAGUCUGCUCUUCAGAGAAAUCUAGAAAGCCAUUAACUCAGACUCCAAUAGAUAAGGGUGCUUACAAGAUUCCAUUUCAGAAUUUUCUUUUUCCUAUAGUUUAAGUGUUAGUCUGCCAAAACUAAUUUUUAAUACGCAAGGGUUCAUCAUUAAAGGGCAUUUUCUAUUAGGAAGUUCCUGUGGUACAUAAAUCUCUGUUGUGGGGAACAAAUUCAGAGCAUUGUCAGGACACUGCACAAGUGAUCAUGGAAUUGUGGUAUGGAACCUAUGCUAAAAACAUUUCUAUAGAAGAAAUAUGCACUUGACUGUUGAUACCAGUGUAGAAAUUUCUCUUGACCUUUCUACACAUCUUUACCAAAAUGCUUUUCUCACUCAGUUUUGAAAAGUUGAAAUAUUUCUAGAAUCUCUGCUACUUGCAUGAUCAUCAUUACAACAGGAAUUAUUUUUGGCAUGAUUGGAAAGAUGACUGUUACUGAAAUUAGUUUGUAACACCUCAGUUUUAAUUUAUUAAGGAAGAAUUUUGGCAGCUUACUUCACCCUUAUCUUUCCUAAUUCUUUUUUUAAUACUUUCUUUAAUUUUGAAUGCUUGGGAAGGUGUAGACUUACCCUUGCAUCCUGUCUCUCUGAGUGAGAAGCCAAGGGUUUGCUUUACCUAAUGUCUGGUGCUUUUGGGCUUUCUUUCUUAGCUACUUUUGCUGAAUCCAAUUGGCAUCCAUCAGGAUCCAUAACUACAUUCAUCAGUCUUUUACUGAAGUCAGUAAACAUUGUUGGGUUAAAUUUGUUGAUACGUCAAAUGCUGAAGCACGAUUUUUUUUUUUUUGAUUUUUUUUUUUUUUUUUUUUAGUUUAGUUUUUUUUUAGUUUUUUUUUUUUGUCAGAUUUUGAAAAUAGUUUAAAGAAGGUGCCUCUAACAACACUGUGUUAGGUCAGUUAUUUCAUCAUUUUACAUUGAGUUCUUUUCUUUAUGCAGUUUUUAUAUUUUAGAGCAGAGAACAGCAACUCUUAAUCAAAGUAGCAUGCAUAUUUCAUGGUAAAGAUGCUUUGGGAAUAAGGAAUGUAAACAGUUCACUGUCAAAAACAUUCCAACCUUACAGCUGAAGAAAAAUAUGCAAACACAAAAUUCUCAUGGAUGCUUUGGCAAACAAACGUCUGACUCUGCUGUCCUGCCUGAGGCCAGACUCUUCCUCAGCCCUGUGACACCAGAGCUGGGCCACGCACCGGGAGCUGCCAGGAGCGCCAGUGGGGACAGAACUCGGCAGUGGCCAAACAAAACCUGAGGAGCUGAGCAGGGCUCUCCUUGCAGAAUGAGAGAAAAAAAAAACCUGCCCACUGUAAUAUGCUACGAUAUAUUUAUACCAUGUCAAAGUUGUUUGCUGAGCAACUGUACUAUAGAUUUUAACUUUAUUAAUAUAUAUUUGCUUAUGUUAGUGUAGUUUAUAUAGUCCUUGGUUAUUGAUAAAUUUAUUGUGUUGUUACAGCACAGUGAUAUGGUAUAAAUAUAGGUCUAUACAUACACACCAUAUACUUACGAAUUUGGUCCCUUGCAUAGUACUUUUAUAUUUGUACAGCAAUGUCUUCAAGCAAUCCCAGAUUUUAGGGGAAAUAUUUUUGUAAAUGCAGUGGUUUAAACAAAAAAGUCCAAACAAUCCUUUUACUAAGUUUUAAAUACAUUUGUGGUUCAAAAUGGUUUAGUUAACAAUUGAAAUCAAGACACUAAAUUAGCGAAAAGUGCACAUUAGUAAAGUGAAGCUUACAGUGUUUUUUGUAGCAUGUGCUGUGAUCAAACCAAGUGACACAUCGGCGGAAAUGUGAAAGUUGGACUACAUGUGUAAAUCUAGAACAAGUUUCUAAAGGUUGCAGCUGGUUUACUUACUAUUGUUGCCUUUUCUCGUGUUGUAUCAGUGUAGAGCACUCUUAAAAUACUGAAACUGCUUUGUCUUUGCUUUGUACUGUUGGUGCCUUCUUAGUCAUGUACCCCACAAGACCUGCAUAGCUAAUUUAGUUAAUGGUAAGCUUAAAAUAAAAAAGCAAAGGAAGAUUUUAUAAAAAUAAAUAAAUCAUUUUCUGUAUGUUCUUAUUCAUUGUAACAAUUAAACAUUUAUAUUGUGACAGAUUUGUGAUUUGGUUAAUCUGUAUAGAUCAAUUGUAAGUAGCAAAGGUUUAUAUUUCAUCUUAUUCUUCUGAUGUUGUAAACGUUUGUGAUUUUCUUUUUUAAAAUCAGGUAACUUAAUGUUCUGUCUUGUUUUUGGCAUCUCAAUCUUGUAAAAACAAAUGCAAAGAAAAUCAUUAAAUUGUGUCCCUGUAUUACCAAAC